AUGGGUGCUAGCGCUGCCUCCGCUUUGGUGGGCAGUAUCCUCAGCACUAAUCAGUUCAGUGUUCAUCUUCACGGACGGCGGUAUAUGGUACCUCGUCCUCCUCUUUUGAACAAGGGCGAUCCUUCCCAGCCGAUGAACCCUGGAAUUAAAUUGCUAAGUAUAUCUACUGUUUAUCGUCAUCCAGCUGUCUCUUAUGGAUAUACAGUUUUGGACUUGCUAUUUCGAUGGAAUACGGCGAGUACCUUCGAGGUCACCGUUAAUGGUUCGAUGGAUUUAGGAUCCUUGUCUACGUGUAUCCCUCCCACUUUGCCGAUUUGCAAGCAGGGACUUUAUAUGCGGAUGACAGCGAUUUCAUAUGAGCGCCUUGUCCUUCAAGGAUUCGUCGUUGCCAGAUACGACCACGGUGACAGUUAA